CGCUUGCAGCAAUUUCCGUGCGCCGCGGUUGGCUGGUCUGUUGCUGGCCUGGCUGCUGGCUGGGCUGCCCCUCUCGUCUCGUCACGUCUCGUCUCGUCUAACGCCGCCGCCUGGGACUGGGUGGCCUGCAAGGGUGGCGCGCAUCGCCUGCGUUCGCCUGCUUUUGUCAGUCGGCCUGUCACUCGCCUCUGACUGGUCAGGCCCGCCCGUGGGUCCAGAGGGGACGCUUUCUGGAAGAUGGAGGCUGCUUCGCCCGUCGACGACAAGGCGAAUAGCAUGCCCGAAACAAGUCCCGGCAAUGGUCCGCCCCCCAGAUCGCGCUUGCAAUCCGCCUGGGCGUGCGUCUUUGCGUCUUUGCUGUCCUGGUGGUCCUGCCAGCUAGACCCGACCGGGCCAACGUGCGGGGGUCUUUGCACUCUUUUUUUUCCCCUUCGUUCCUUUUUCCUCGUCUUCGUUUCGUCGUACCCUUUUUUUUCUUGUCUCCUUUCCUUUUUGCACUUUUCCCUUUGCCUGCUUUUCCCACCCUGUGCGAGACGGGCUAGAGCUAUGUACCGCCUGGCUGCAACCAACCCCCCCCUGAGGUGGUGAUGGGGCCCAGCUAAGCAACCAACCAACACCACACAAGCACGCCCGUCACCCUCCAUCCACCGGCGCAUCCAUGUCAUGUGUGUCCGAAUCGUAAUCAUGCCGCAUGU